UCAAAAAAUUUUCGUUGUUGUUUCGUUUCUAGCAUUUCUUAUCAUAUGGAAUUCUUGGGCUCAAUCUUAUUGGAUUUUGAAGUUUACGCCAACUUUUUUUAAAGAAUAAUUAUCAUCCCAGUUCCUGGCGAGCUCAAAUAUUGGCAUCGUAUUGCCACAGUUAUUUACAAUAUUACGCACAUUGUGAAACAUAUAAAACAAUGUUAUCUCGCGUCUCGUCAACGCGUUCUGUGGCGCAAAUGGUAAAACAAGUAGCUGGAAGAUGCACAGUUCUCAACGUUGGCGUAGGAAUAAAUGCACGAAAUAUUGGGAGCAGUCUAUGGAGCAAUAAAAACAAACAUGCCCAACCGACUUCGUUUCUACGGCGCUCUAAAAUAAUGGCCGUACCCCACAUUAUCCAGCAACAAGAGCACAAAUUUAACGAGGGAAAACAGUAUCAUGGUUUUGAAUGCAUACGUGUGGAAUCUGUACCGGAAUUCGGCAUAAUGUCAUACACCUUUCGACACGUUGGAAGCGGCACCGAGCUGUGGUAUUUAGAUCGAAAGGAUUCAAAUAAUGUAUUUUCUAUCAACUUUCGCACAACGCCUUUUGAUUCCACUGGAUUACCACAUAUUCUUGAGCAUAGUGUCUUAUGUGGUUCGCAAAAAUAUCCAGUCCGCGAUCCGUUUUUCAAAAUGCUUAACCGAUCUGUGGCCACAUUUAUGAAUGCCAUGACCGGCCCGGACUAUACAAUGUACCCAUUUUCUACUAUGAAUGAGACAGACUUUAGGAAUUUACAAAAAAUUUAUUUGGACGCAGUUUUCAGACCAAAUUUGGAAUACUUGGAUUUUCUGCAAGAGGGUUGGCGUUUGGAGCACUCAAACAUUAAUGAUAAGUCUUCAGAGUACGUUUUAAAGGGAGUCGUUUAUAAUGAAAUGAAAGGCGCUUUCUCUGAAAAUGGCUCAGUGUUCUCCCAAAACCUGCUUAACAAUUUGCUACCGGAUCACACUUACGGAUUUGUAUCCGGCGGCAAUCCACUCGAAAUUCCAAAGCUAACACACAAGAAUUUGGUAGAUUUUCACUCCAAAUACUAUCAUCCAAGUAAUGCUCGUAUAUAUACUUAUGGCAAUUUCGACUUACGAAGGACACUCGAUUAUGUUAAUAAUGAAUAUAUGAGCAAGUAUAAUGCUAUUGAUAAUUCUUAUAGCCGAAUACCAAACCAGCCACGCUGGGAUAAACCACGAAAUGUUCAUAUCUCUAGCCGUUUUGAUAACAUGGGAGCACCCUUCGAGAAACAAAAUCAAAUUGGUAUUGCUCUUCUAAUGUCAGAUGUAACAGAUACACAAGAAACAUUCGUGCUGCAUGUUCUAUCGGAAUUGCUGGUGCGUGGACCAAAUUCAUCAUUUUACAGGAGCCUUAUCGAGCCUAACUUCUCUGGUGGAUAUAAUCAGGCAACGGGCUAUGACCCACAAAUAAAAGACACUUUUUUUUGUGUGGGAUUGCAAGAUUUGCGCGUAGAGGACUUCGCACGUGUACAAGAACUUUAUGACAAAACCAUUAAGCAAGUUAUGUCGGAAGGAUUUGAGCUUAGUCACGUAGAAAGUGUACUACACAACAUCGAGUUAUUACUUAAACACCAGAGCCCACAAUUUGGUAUGGGUUUGCUAUUUAACUCUACUCCAUUGUGGAAUCACGAUGGCGAUGUGGUGUCCAGUUUGCGGGUGUCUAAUAUGAUUGCUAAUUUUCGUCACAACCUUGCAAAGGAUCCAAAGUAUUUGCAACAUAAGGUUGAACAGUAUUUUGCAACGAAUUCACAUCGUCUCACUUUAACUAUGUCUCCCGACGACCAUUAUGAAGACAACUUCAAAACAGCAGAACUAGAUUUAUUAAAGCAGAAAAUAAUGGCUCUUGAUGAUAAAAAACGUGUAGAAGUCUAUGAAAAUGGUAUAAAAUUGGACCAAGCUCAAAAAGGCCAUCCAAAUUUGGAAAUCCUCCCUUGCCUAGAUUUGUCUGAUGUGCAGAAAAUGCCGAAAAUGCCCUCAAUCGAAGUUCUGCGCAUUUGCAGCGUGCCAACGCAAGUGUGCCAUGUUCAUACAAACGACAUUUCGUACUUAAAAUUACAUUUUAAUGGUGCCAACUUAAAUCACGAUGAAGUUAUGUUGUUGCCCCUUUUCUGUGAUGUCAUUAACGAUAUGGGUACCAACAAUUACAAUUUCAGAGAAUUCGACAAGUUGGUCUUAUCCAAGACAGCUGGGAUUGAUUUUAAAUUACAUUUCGCUGAGAAUAUAUACGAUAGUAAAUCAUACCUAUUAGGUGUUUAUAUGACUACACAUGCGCUGGAUAAAAACGCAGCCGAGAUGUUCGAACUGAGUACUGAAUUACUAACUAAGUUUAAGUUAGAGGACACCGAUCGGUUGAGCAUGUUAAUUGAUAAUUACAUUUCCAAUAUUUCUGUGGGUAUUGCGAGUUCGGGACACUUGUAUGCCAUGCAGAGCUGCGCGGGCUUGAUAACAAAUGCGGCUAAAUUAAAAUCUCAUCUUGCCGGCGUAGAGCAUAUUGAAUUCAUGAAAACUUAUGUGAAACAAAACAAGACUGAAGAGAUCAGAGCAAAGUUGAAGACGCUGGGUCAGAAAUUAUUUGUGAAGAACGUUAUGCGCUGCGCCCUAAACACAUCGGAAGAGUUCUAUCCGUCGCUUACAAAAUACUACGAGCAAUUCCUUGAAAAUAUGCCAAACGAUCCACAAUCGAAGAAGAACGCUGAACAUAGCAUCAGUUUACUUGAACCAAGUCAACAGCAUUUUGUAAUGAAUAUUCCAGUUAACUAUUGCGCCAAGGCAUUCUUUGCCGUACCAUAUACACAUCGUGAUCACCCAACACUUCGUGUACUUGCCAAAUUGAUUUCCGCCAAAUAUCUUUUACCAGUAGUACGCGAACAGAAUGGUGCUUAUGGCGCGGGAGCUAGGAUUGGUUCAGACGGCAUAUUUAGUUUUUUCAGUUACCGUGACCCAAAUUCAACUAAAACACUUGAGGCAUUCAAUAAUACAUACAAUUGGCUCCAAGAACACAACACGGAAUUAACUGAACAAGCUUUGUUUGAAGCUAAGUUGGGUGUUUUGCAGCAGUUGGAUGCACCUAUAGCCCCUGGAAAUGUUGGUAUUGACUUCUUCUUGUACGGUGUUUCACAAGAAAUGUUCGCUAAUUACCGUGCACGAAUGCUUUCCACAUCGGUGGACGAACUAAAGCAAGUUGUUGAACGAUACUUUAAAAAUGAACCUGCGCAUUUUGGUAGUUGUCUGCUUGGUCCCGAAAACAAGGACUUGGAAGCGACAACAAACUUGAAAUGGAAAGUCAUUUCCUAAAUAGCAUACAUUUCAGACCAAAAAAAUGGCAUAUAAAACGCAUGAAUGGCAAAAUAGGUGCAUUUAUGUACGAGUACAUUCGUAUGUGGGUAUAAGUAUGUAUGUGCAUACAUAAAUUGCGAACUAUAUUUGUAGGAGUACUUGUCUAUCAUUUAAAUAAUUUUUGUUUCUGUAACCUCCGUCACUCUGAUGUAUCUACGUGUCUUAAUGAUUUAACUAACUAAUUUUUUAAUUAGAUGCAUUGAAUUAAGAUUUUUUUAUCGGUUAUAUUUAUUGAUAAAUAACUUUUGCCCUUUCAUACACGAUAUGCUCAAUCAAAAAGACCUUAGCGUUCCUACGGUAAUUUUUUAAUAUUAUUAGAACACUAUUUGAGAUUACAUAGAAAAAAGAGGUUCUGAAAAAAAUAAUUGAAAUCCCACAAAAUGUUGAUAUUUAAGAUAUUUUAUGGCUUGUUAACGAAUAGAAAUUGAUCUUAUUAAAUUAUUUACUUGAACUUAAAUAGCAACUAAAAUACAAUGAACUUUGGAAACUAUUAAA